GUACGAAACAUGGCGGCAAUAGCUACAUGUUUAUUUCUCUGGAAUUUUUUCCGCUUUCUUCUCGGGAAAAAACGUUGUAAAGCAAAGCAAAGCAUACUUAGACAACCCCGCGUAUACGGCACACGUAGGAGGCUUUCUGAGAGAAGACGCAGACUGGGUGGGUUUCAAAGGAGGGCAAGAGUACACAUGAACCAGAUGAAUAUGUUGGCAGUAACUUUACUACAGAUGCCUAAGUCUAUAAAUAGGAACGUAUGGGCCAGAGACCGAGGAAACAUGUUCUGGGAACACACUGUUAAUGUGACAUUUACAGAAAGAGAAUGGAAGGAAAACUUUAGGAUGUCAAAGGACUCAUUUAAUUUUCUAUGCAAUAUUCUGAGACCACAGUUGACAAGGCAAGAGACUCAUCUGCGCCAUUCCAUAACUGUUGAGAAACAGGUAGCAAUAACUCUUUGGUUUUUGGGAAGUGGUGACAGCUAUAGGACAAUCAGUCAUCUGUUUGCUGUGGGGCGUUCUACCGUGUCAACAAUAGUAAAAAGAUUUGUCCAAGCUGUUGUUUCAAGAAAGAAUUUAUUUAUAAAGUUCCCUCAGGAUGCAGAGCUUGAUAGAGUCAUUCAGGGAUAUGCCAACAAGUGGGGAUUCCCAAAUGUAGGUGGAGCAAUAGAUGGGACUCACAUUCCAAUUAUUGCUCCACCUGAUAGUAAAGGGGACUACUAUAACAGAAAGGGAUGGCAUAGCAUCCAACUGCAAGCUGUCUGUAAUGACAGAUACCAUUUUACGGACAUAUAUAUCGGUUGGCCUGGUAGUGUGCAUGAUGCACGGGUUUUCAACAAUAGUCUGAUUCAAGAGAGGGGCAUGGAUGGCAAUCUAUUUGGACAAAGAGUAGUCAACCUGGGUAAUAACAGGAAUGUUCCAGUGUCUCUAAUUGGGGAUGCUGCUUAUCCACUGUCUCAUUUUCUCAUUAAACCAUUUAAUGACAAUGGCAGAUUAAGUGACGAACAACAGCAUUUUAACAGAUGUCUAUCGCGGGCUAGAAUGACCAUUGAAAACAGUUUUGGUCGCUUGAAGGGCAGGUGGCGAUGCUUAAUGAAAAGACUCGAUGUUGGCGUUAGUACUUUGGCUGAGCUCAUCCUCACUUGUUGUAUACUACACAAUAUCUGUGAACAGGAGGCAGAAGGGUUCCCUGACGACUGGAUCAGAGCCGUUGAUGAGCAUAAUCAGGCCUAUCCACAACCACGAAACUGUGCCCAACGACCCCCUCAUAAUGGGAUUCCACUACAAGGGUUUAAUGCAGGCCAGAAUAUCAGAAAUGCUCUUGUGCAGCACUUGUAUCCAUGACAUUGAAUUUAUGCUACUGUGUAGACAAUACUAAAUGUUGGUUAAGUCGUAUAGUUACAGGUGAUACUGAUACAGUGUGUAUGUUGUGAAAAUUGAUAAUUUUCUACAUUCUAAUAUAUUGUAUUUGAUAUCUACUCUACAUGGACAGUUUGUAGUUAACAUACAAUAUCCAAGAGGAUGUAGAAUUGUUAUAAUAGUUUUAAACAGCCUUUGAUGCUCUGGAAUCUGCAUUCUCUUUUCAAUGAAAUUAGUUCUCAACUUUCUUUUACAAUACAUACAAACAUAAGUUGUUUAAAUACCAGGGUUGAAAUCAUACAGUGAAUUAAACGGAAUAGUAAAUAUA